AUGUCCCGCCAUCACCCUGACCUCGUAAUGUGCCGCAAGCAAUCCGGCAUCGCCAUCGGCCGGCUCUGCGACAAAUGCGACGGCAAGUGUCCCGUGUGCGACUCCUACGUGCGGCCAACGACGCUGGUGCGCAUCUGCGACGAGUGCAGCUUCGGCAACUACCAGAACAAGUGCGUGGUGUGCGGCGGCGAAGGGAUCUCGGACGCUUUCUACUGCUUCGAAUGCACAAGACUGGAGAAGGAUCGCGAUGGGUGUCCGAAGAUUAUUAAUCUGGGUAGUAGUCGGACGGAUCUGUUUUACCAGAAAAAAACGAAUCGGACAGGGUUCUAG